CUAUUUUUUGAAUUUGCAAAAGUUUGAGUUCCUCUGUUUUUGUAUAUUUCUACUAUAUUUUUGCUUGAUUUGAGCUAACUUUGGUGGCAGCAAUUUCCGAGCCAAACUGUCACCUCUGAUUCUAUGCAGGGUUGUUAUAUGCGCCGCCAGUUGAUAACGGCGAAGAAGCGGCACAAAAGAGACAACAAAAAUGCAGGUCGCGUCGUUUUUCUUUUGAUUGGAAAAUACCCCGACAUAGAAAUAGAAAGCGUGCAACGUGGUGUUAAGUGGAGCACACAGAGAGCUGGCCUCGACGCGUGGCUUAUCAGUGAAUUUUGAAAACAUAAAAUGGCCACAGUAUUUGGGGCGUCAAAGUCAAAGUUCCCAAAGAACGUAGUGCCUGAUGUCGUAGCCGAGGAGGAGGAGGAGGAGGAAGAAGAGGAGGAUGACGACGAUGAAGAAGAAGACUCUGCCGAAUCGGGCUCGACAACCUCGUUCAGUCUUCAGGAGUGCAUAAACGAGUUUCGGGCCCGCCGCAUUAGACGCGUCUCCACCCAAAGCCGCGACUGUGACAACAACCACAACAUGCCAAGUGAGGACCAGCCCGUGCGCGUACGAGGCACAUCCGCCGAUGCGGACUUAAUUAACCAGAAUCGCUGUAACAAGGCCCAGGAGCGAAAGGGCAAGCCAUGCAAGAAUGGUUUUUGCUAUUGCUUCACCAGCGACAGUGGCGAUUGUGCCUCCACGGCACCGACACGAGAGUCGCACGUGCGCCAGCCCAGACGCAGCAGGCGUUCCGAAAGCACUAAGGCGGCCAGUGCGUCCAUGCCGCUGGUCCAGAACCAUUUGGACAGCCAGAGGCAGCAGGUGGGACGUCGUCACAGUGAGCCGCCCAACGUGAAACAGACCUCAAAUAUUCCGUUGACUGCCAUAAGCAGUAUAUGUGCCGUCGGCGAUGAUGCUCCGCUCAUACAGAUUAUUCAGGAGCUGCGCGAUAAUUGUGUUGUGUCAGAGGUGCGCGUGAACCGACAGAAGCUGCCAGGAUCAGGCUGCCAGCCAAGGUCUUCGCCUGUUAAGACCUGCAAAGUGAAGGCAUACGAUCCGAUUACAUACAAACCCACUGCCCCGGCCUUGUCAAACAUCAGCGAGCAGGAUUCUGCCCUGGAAGAGGAGCCGGAAAUGGCUCAAACAGAACAGCCGACUAGUCUGCAGUCCGCUCGCCAAAGCUCCCGGUCGCGUCGCAGCUCUGGUGCAGGUGGCCGUCUCCUCCAGAAGCGUUUGUCACAGGGUCUGGGGAAUUUCAAGACACGCGAUUGCCAAGAGCCACCACCGAAGCCGCCGCGCCGUAGCUGCCAGAGUCUCGAUGGGAAAUUCUCACUGUCGUCGUUGGCUUCGACAACGCCUUCAGUGCGGGAGGCUGAGCGUGUUUUGGACGAGUUCCUGCGCCAGAGAGGCGUCACGGUACCCAGUAGCAACAAUAACUCGCCUCGAAAGAAUAAAAAGAGCAAGCGCAGGUCCUAUCCGAUGGCCGAAGUGGAGAAGCCCCGGCGCAGCAGACAGCUGCCUACGUGUCCCUCGCUGAGCGACAUUGAGCGAGUUGUGGAGUCCAAGCGUGGCUCGAACUACGCCCGAAAUAUACAGCAGGCCAGUAGCAAGGGGAAGAAUGCCGUAGCCGACAAACCCAUGAAGGAGAUCCUGCUGGGCUGGACAGAGCCAAAGAUCAACGACAUGCUGAACUACGAGAACAAGCGGAGUACCCAUUUCAAGACCCAGGCUCCUAUGGCAGAGCCCCAAGUGGCCAUUGGCUGGCAGCUACCACAGCCUGUAGUGCCUAAGAUCUCCUUAGACACUGUCGACGGCAGUAUGUGCGAGAAUCUGGCCUCCAACAUAGACCGCAAGCACACUCCCAUCAAAUAUCCGCGAGGCAUCAAGUCUGCUGGCGGACAGGCCAGCCAUAAGUUCAUUUGGGGCGAGCAGUUGCGCAACUUUUCGCCGCUGAAGGCAGCCAACAAGCAGCCUACACUCAAAACCAAGUCCAAGAACUUUCUUAACAACUCAAAGAACAAGAUACUGCGCUUUGUGUCGCCCAAAAAGUCAAAUCACCCGGAGAACCCGGCGCGACGGCCCACACCUACUCCCCGACUCUGCACUGUGGGUGUUCAGACAUCCACAUCGCAGUUAGAUCUGCAGUCGCAAUCCCCACCGGGCAGCUAUCAUUCCCCCAUGCAGUCGACGCCAUCGGCCACAACGACAUCCACCAGGCAGCAGCCGGACAAGGAGAGCAGCGGCGACCAGCCGUACUUUGAUUUCGAACGCAAGAUCGAAGCACCGAACCCGCCCAAAAAGAUGCCACGUGCCACGAACCGUGCUCGCAAACUGAACUUCCAUACUGAGGCCGAAGCACCCACCACCUAUCGCUCCUUCCACAAGGAUCUCGACCAGGAUGUAACCAUCACCAAAAUGGGCUACCUGUUGAGCAAUAUUCGGGCCAAGCUGGAGGCGAGCGACGACCGCGCCGUGCGAACCUUUCGGGAUUCUUCACGCGUUGAGGCAAUCGAGCGUCAAAAGGAGAGCUUCGAUUGCAUUGACGGGCCACAUAGCUUGAGCGCAACAUCGGCCACAACUCAAUAUCAACGUGAUGCGACAUAUGUGGCAACCACUCAAUAUCCACGUGAUACGGAAUCUGCAGCAACCUCGCAAUAUCCACGGGACACGACAUUUGUGAGAUCUACUCAAUCCAAACGUGACACGACAUUUGUAGUACCUACUCGGCAUCAGCGUGAUCUCGAUUGCGAACCCAUUUAUUCAGAGAUCGAAGAGGACUGCUUGCGUAUAAGGGGCAGUCCGCAGUACGAGGUCAGGACUGCAGUGGAACGGCAGCCCAGCGAUGCCCAAACUUCAAGCUCCACGGCGACUGGGAGUGAGUCGACAGCGGCUGUCUCUGACUUGAGUGUGCCUGCGGAUCUGUCAAUACUCUAUGCAAGGGUGCAGAAGCCACAGAAGAAGCCUCAGCCGAGUCUGCCUCCAGUAAAUCUGACUGCCCAGCCGGUGGCAUUGGGGCAGUGUCUGCAAGAGUCCCUGAAGAGUGGCAGCUUCUUUAAGUUCAUGCCACUGCCUGAUGAGCCUAGUAGCGAAUGUUCUCGCUCUGAGUCCACAAGCGAAACCACAGAUUCGUCGGUGAUUCGCAAGCCAAAACCGACGUCCCCACCCAUGCACCAGUCGCUAAACAAUAUAAACGAAAGGAACUCGCCGCCAAAGAAGAACCGAAACCUGUCGAGGUCCGAUCUCUCCCUACAGCGCAGCCAGAUCUUCCUGGACAAUUUCUGCCGCAGCGAGCUUGUGCUCGAUCAGGACGAGCAGGUCAACACUCGCCUUGAAAAGAUUCCAAAUACCUGCCUCAGAGCCAGUAGCCCCCGCAAUGAGGAUGCUGUCUCCUACGACAUGCCCGAGGGACUGUACGAUGAUUACGCCAUUGAGGAUGCCAGCGCCGGCAGUUCCUUUGUCACCAACGACUACGGAUCGUGCCAGAUUGAGCCGCCGCCGCCUCCGUCAGAGAACCAGAGCACACCAAAAAAGAAAAGCCAACGAUAUACAACUAAGCCACCGAGCAAUCUCAGCAUCGACAUCAACGAUGCCACACAGUCGCCAGCGCGUCCAUUUGGCCACAAUCUCAGCCACAGCUGCCCAACGACUCCACAACAGCCGGCUAAACCAUCCGCCCAGCUGGCCCACAACAGCAGCAGUCUGGGGGAGCUGGUCCAAUCGCUACCCAGCCCCACUGACAGCCAGCUGAUGUCGGUGAGCGCUCUGGCCCGCUAUCGCCUCCUCAAGGAUGCCCUGCGGCGCUCUUACCGGAAAGGCAAGGACUUCUUUCUGGCGGAGAAGCAUCGACUGACCCACAGCCUCAAUAUGUCCCGCGAUCAGUCCAACCAGACCGACGGGGAGCUGGACAGCAGCACCUACUACGCCAGCUUCAAUCUCGACUGCCUGCUCAAUGAGUCGCUAACCACCAGCGAGCAACUGGCGCAGGCUGUCAGCAUUUGUCGGAAAAUGCCCGAGCUGGAGAUCUCCAACGAAAUGGUGGAGGCAGAGCGCCUUUUGCUAUUCUCAACCCUGCGACAAAGCUCUCCCGCUGAUCCUUGCCAGGCCAGCGAUGCCGUUCUGGCUGCCAGGCGGCAGGCGCAGUGCGUCCUAAUCGAUGCCAUGCAGCUGCCAGUGAGAUCAGAUGCCAGCCAGGACAUGUUCUUCAAUUACCAUUACAUUUGCACGUACGAGUUCGAGGGACGCAUUUGCUCCACACAAUCGGUGGAGUGCCAGAAUGGCGUUGCCCUGUUCCGUGACUGCGGACUGGAGUUCUACAGCGCAGGCCCGGUGGAGGCGAUGGAGUUGCGCUGUCAAAUAUUUAUGUUUCGGCUGCGCAAGAUCUCUACGCUGUCGCUGGAGCCAGCCAAGACAGUGAAACGCGGUACCAGCAAUCUGUGUUCGUCCACAUCCAGUUGCUCCGGCAGCUCCGCGGGUGAGCGAGUAGUAUCCCGGUUUCGCCUACAUGCCUCCUUUUGUUUGCGUGCCAUUGAUUUGGCUCCAUUCGAGCUGUUGGCCAGCGAGACGCAGGCCAGUGAUCGGAUUUGCUUGCGAAGCUCCCGAUCCUGGCAGCUACCAUUGACUACCCACACAAAAUCGACCAAUCUGGCGCCCGAAAUAUCCGUGACGGGGCGUGUGGAGGUUCGUUUGCCCAAGUCACAUUACUCUGGCUAUUUGAAUGUGGAGGAUCCGCAGAGGAAGCACCACUGGAAUCGACGCUGGUGCACCCUCGACGGUGUACAGCUGUCCGUGUGGCAGCACGAAGACGAUCUCAGUGAGCAGCCGCCCCUUUUCUCACUGCAGCUUCAGGAAUGCCCGCAAGCCUCGAUAGCUGCGGCACCGCGAGAGCUGUGUGCUCGUGCCCGGAGUUUUCUCCUACGGGAAAAGAAAGCAGCCUUGGGAUUCUUUUUUGCAGCCGACACUCAGCCGGAACUAGACGAAUGGCUAUUGCAUCUGAACGAAUCUCUGUCUUUCGCCAAGCGAUGGCUGGUCGCACCUUGAGGGAUACACUAUUUUAUUCUAUAAUUUUAUUGUGUGUUUAUGUUUUCUCUUUAUAUUUUGUAGUGUUAAAUUGUAAAUUACCUUCUGGGAUAGGAUAAAAUAUGUUGAGAACA